CGCCCCCUGCGGUGUUUACUGGCAGCAGUCACAGGUCAGAUGAUCCGAGCUACAUUGUAAAUAGACAGCAGUGGUCCGCCGUGGCCAUGCCUUCAUAGCCUCUUUAAAUCACCUCCAGCAGAGCAGAUCUUCCCUCUCGGAGACGCCCUAUCUUCCGUCACCGGUUCUCUGGCUGUUUCGAGUCAUUUCGGCGCGUUAAAGUGUUGUUAAAGUAUGUACCGGUCUCUGUACGCCUUCCGAUCCGCCGAGCCCAACUCGCUGCACUUCGCGGCCGGAGAAAGCUUCCUAAUCUUGGAGAGGAGCAACAAACACUGGUGGCUGGGGUCCCGCUGCAGCUCGGGGGAAACCGGCUACAUCCCAGCCUCAUACAUCGAAAAAAUACAGGCUCCAGAGCAGGAUGAGGUGUUGCAGUCUAUUGACAGAGCGAUCGAAGGAAUCCACAAUGUGGCCUUAAAAAAUGGAGGCAAAUACAAUCUGGAGCAGAGAGAUGUUCUACAGAAGUUGAUCCAUCACAGAAAGGAGACCCUUGCGCGACGAAGUUCCUCGUCGUCCGGUCACAAACAAGGCCUCCCGUCUUCCAGCAGUGAAAUAUCUCUCAGCCAGACUCCUCCUCCACCCAAUGGCCUUAACCGAGACUUUGGACGACAGGGGAGCGUGCCGUUAUCAGGAAGCAUGGACAAUAUGCAGGGAGAGCAGGGCUUUUACCAGGUGCCUCCUCAACCUCGGCGUGCGGCUCCGAUCACUCCACCUCCCCCUGAGAAACAGCGAAACAGCCGGCGUCCAGCAGAGCCGGAGGUCCCCUCCAGAGGGUCCUCUCUCCCUCCGUCCCCUGCUCCGUCCCUCUCAAUCAGCACCGCCUCUUUGGAGUCUGGCUCCUCCCACUCACCAGUCUCCUCUGAUGUCAGUCUGCCGAGUGUUGCCAGCACCCCCCCUCCUCCUGUGCCAUCCCGUGUGAAGCCCCCUGCACCGCCUCCAGACGUGCUUCCCUCUGACUCUCCUCCACAGCCAGCUCCUGCGAAGAAGAGCCCGGCUCCACAGCCUCCCCAGCCCACCCCUCCUUUACAGCUCGCUGUGGAGGACCAGCCGGAGAGUGAAUGGCCCGUUGCCCCCCCGUCUGUCGCUGAAAGCCCUCCUGGCAGCCCCACUACCCCUGAGCCGGUUCCCAUGACUAUUGGCGCUGAACUGAUCGAGCUGGUACGGAAGAACACGGGCUUGAGUUACGAGCUGUCGCGGGUCGCUGUCGGCGUGGUGGUCGGCCAUCUGCAGACGGCCUUACCUCAAGCCUCCUCUGCUUUGGAGCAAGUUCUCCUCUCACUGGUGGAGAGCAAGGAUUUUAGUGCAGCGCUGCCACAGGGUCAGGUGUGUCACGAUGAACAGAGGCUGGAGGUGAUCUUCAGCGACCUCGCCCGUCACCGGGACGAUUCCCAGCAGCGUAGCUGGGCACUUCAUGAAGACCACGCUCUCAUCGCCUGCUACCUGGAGGAGCUGCUGAAGAUACUGACUGAUGCAGAUCCAGAAGUGUGUAAGAGGAUGUGCAAGGCCAACCACUAUGAGAAUGUGCUGUCUCUGGUUUCAUAUUAUCAGAUGGAGCAUCGCGUAUCUUUGCGGCUGCUGCUGCUCAAAGUGUUUGGAGCGAUGUGCAGCCUGGAUGCUGCUCUCAUCUCCACCUUCCUUAACUCCAUCCUCUCCAUGGAGUUGGCCAGGGACCUACAGACUGACAUACAAGAACACCAGAAGAUGUGUUACACAGCUUUGGUACUUACUAUGAUCUUCUCAAUGGGCGAACAGGUGCCAUAUCAUCACUAUGAACACUUGAAUGCUGACUUUGUUGCAUUUCUGCUGGGUGUGGUGGAGGACGGGCUUCCCACUGAUCCCACAGAGCAGCUGCCUGACAUCUUCCUGAACCUGCUGCUGGCCUUCAACCUGCACCACACAGCACCCAGCAGCAAUGUGAUCAUGCAGGAGCUGAAGAAGAAAAAUGUCAAGAUCCUGUCAGAGAAAGUGCUGCUGCUCCUGAACAGAGGCGAUGACCCUGUGUGUAUGUUCAAACACACCCCGCCUGCACCGCACUCGGUGCUCAAGUUUCUGCAGGAUGUUUUCGCCAGCCGAGAGACCGCUGACAUCUUCUACCGCACUGACAUGAUGGUGAUGAUUGAUAUCGCCGUUCGACAAAUAUCUGACCUUUCACCUGGAGACAAGAUGCGGAUGGAGUAUCUCUCCCUCAUGCACUCUAUAAUGCGCUCGACGGAUUAUCUUGAGCACCAGCACCGCCUGUCUGACCUGCAGGGGGCGCUGCAGAUGAUUCUCAGGGAGGAGGAAGAUCCAGGAGAGGAUGAAGGGAACGCUACAGCAAAACAGAUGGAUAAACUAAUUGUACAGCAGAUCUACAAGGAGUUCCCACAGAUCUGUGAGAACCAGGACUAACCAUAUCAGUAUCAUGCUCACACACUGUAGUCUGCUCCCGGGAGGUACAAUAAAGCUUGAAAGAAGAAGAACUGACAUUUGAUGGAUUCUGUAUUCUGUGCCAACCUGUGCUGAGAGAAGCUAAUCAGUUUUGCCAAUGUUUUCUUGGACUCAUAGUCCAGGGCUGCAGCAUGCACAUCAUGUUGAUUUCAGAAAGAUCUUGCUGUUUUUCACAACAAAGGGAGUGGGAGGUUGUUGUUUUUUCUUUGGUGGAAGGGAAAAAAUAUGACAAAUGCACAAAAACACUGUGUAGUUUAGUCAUACUUGGAGAUUAAAAAUAGCCAAAAUACAGGCCAAACUUUGGAGCUGUUUCACAGUGAAAUCCUUGCAAUAAUUACCUUAAAAAUUAUACAUGAACUAACUGUACGUACUCAUAGUAUUGUGAAAUUAAAGUAACAAACAGGACUAAACCUUAUUCUGACCAAAAUAACUUUAACCAAAUUGAUUUUAGAACAAAUUCAGAGAUUUUAAAUGAAAAGGGCAGAUUUGAAGUUGUGUUACAGAUAGCAGUGCCAUUAUUUGAACCGUUGUGAGAAUACUUUGACCCUUUUAUGUGCUUCCCUGUUAGUGGGACCAAACUACUGUGUGUUACUGAGAGUUUCCUUUAUAGGGUAUUAUACUCUUAAAACUGGCUUCCUCUUUCAUUAAUCCCUUCAUUAAUAAUUAAAAUUAAAGUAAAGUAGAACAAGUUUACUAUUAUAGUGGGGGGGAAAGCCCACUCUGACUCGUGUUAUCAUUACUAAGCUUUUAGCUGGGUAACUUGCUGCUACAUGUUGAGUCUCUCCUGUGGCUCCGUCUGCAGUUUUCUCAGUCUGGUACUUUUGUCUCUUUACUGCUUUUCAAACUCUUAAAGGUGAUCGCUCUGUACUCACAUAUGCAACGUUCCGCAAGCAUCAGAAGUCAUUGACUGUUUACAGAUUAAUGUCUGUUGGACUGAAGGGUUUUUGUCCGUAUGCUGCAUUCAUAUUCAAACUAACUGUGCUGCAAUAUGGCUUUAUAGCAACUUGUAAUAUACCGAGUCUUGGCUGACGUGAGCUGCCGCUUCCUGGAGGGAAAAGGUGUUUGGCACUUAUUAUCUGAGAUAAUACAUUACUCAGUGUUGUUGAUUUCCAGUUAUUAUCUGAUGUUCCUACUGAAAAUGAAGACAAGGGAGUGGAAAUACAGGGCAUUUCUUUUAUCCCCUUUUAAUACUUUAACAGCAACAUGUACCUUUUCGCGUUCUUCCCCAUGAUGUAGUGAUUGAUGUUGUUCUCCCAUCUUACACUUUGACUUAUCCUUUUUGUCCCUGGCAUAGCUUUCCCAGCUGGAAACAUGUUUCUGAGAAGGUAGACACAAUCCAGAAGUGAUAUCAGAUUUUAGUUAAUGUCCAAGUGUUCAUUCAUUGAUUAUUUGUGUGUCUGUUUACAGCGUAUGUGAGAGAGGUGAGAGAGGUCUCUUCUUUCCAGGAUUAACAUUGUCUGCAAAAGUGCUACGACUGUGUUAUAAUAAAACUAAUAAAGCUAUAUUUUAACAGUG